GUGUUUUCUUGUUUCAAACAUGGCGGAGAAAACAGAAAAGUGUCCUCCAGAAAAUGGACCUUAUUUUCACAAAGAAAGAUUAAAGUACAGCCCAGAAGAAGAGGCCAGGCUGGAAAGAGAACACUUUUGGAGAAUUGUCGAUGCUUUUAGAUAUUACAGGAUUCAUGUCCAGGAGAUAGUCAAACGUGCUGAACGACAGUUUUUGAGUCUGCCAAAGGAUCACCAAGCUCUGCUCCCUGGUGUCCUGAUGAAUUUAACUCAUGUCAGUGAAUGUGCCAACUCUAAUAAUGAAGUGCUGCAAGCAAUUGUGAACAACAGCAUCCACAUGUUUGAAAAUAUUGAAUAUGGAGAAAGGGAAGACCCAAGAAGACAUCCGACAUCUACAUUUGACAUGGACAAACUUAAAUCAACAAUCAAGCAGUUUGUCAGAGACUGGAGUGAAGCUGGACAGGCUGAAAGGGACUCCUGCUACCAGCCCAUUAUUCAAGAAAUCCAAAGACUGUUUCCUAGUGACAGAUUUGAUGUGUCUACAGUGAGUGUGCUGGUCCCAGGAGCAGGGCUUGGUCGUCUGGCCUGGGAGAUAGCCCGUCUGGGUUAUAUCUGUCAAGGAAAUGAAUGGAGCUUCUACAUGCUCUUCUCCUCUAACUUUGUUUUGAAUAGGUGUGAAAAGGUGAACUCUCUGACCCUGUACCCCUGGAUCCACCAGUUUAGCAACAAUAAGAAAUCCUCUGACCAGACAAGACCAAUCCAAUUCCCUGACGUAAACCCCCAAAGCCUGCCUCCGAGCUCAGAGUUCUCCAUGGUUGCAGGCGACUUUGUAGAAGUCUACACAGAGCCAGAUUCCUGGGACUGUGUGGCAACUUGUUUCUUUAUUGACACGCAUAAUGUAAUUGAAUAUAUAGAAACAAUUUGGAAGAUUCUUAAGCCUGGUGGGGUAUGGAUUAAUUUAGGUCCUCUCCUGUACCACUUUGAGAACAUCGCCAAUGAACUGUCAGUGGAACUAAGUUAUGAAGACAUCAAAGCAGCCAUAGUUAGAUUUGGCUUCCAAAUAGAGGUCGAAAAAGAGUCAGUCCCAACCACAUAUACAGAGAAUGACUGUUCCAUGCUGCGAUAUGUUUAUGACUGUGUCUUUUUUGUGGCACGGAAACCUGAGGAAAAAUGUUAUAAUGGAUUUAAAGAACAGGGUUUGCCACCAGCUGCUAAAACACCGCGACGUGAGGAUAUAAAAUUCUUAACGUGACCUGUGGACAUUUGUUGGACAUUCCUAACAAAGUAAAAAGAUUGAAGAUCACAUAUGGACAUUUACUGGCCUACUUACCCUAGUACUAUGAAACUCUAUUGACCUCUAUAUAAAAUAUGAAGUAUAAGCAGGAUGAGGAAGAAACAUCUUUUGGAGAAAAUGUUAAAAGUUUCAAAUCAAGAAUGAAUGGGUUUCAUUUACAGCUUUGACAGUGAGUACAGCCCAUCCCAGAGGUAAAUGCCAACAUUGUAGUAUGUGUCAGUAUUCCAAUGUGGUGCCAAUAUCUUCUAUUUGCAUUUAAAUGUUUGUAAUAUUCUUGACCAGAGAUUGUCUACUUUUAAUGCUUUUUAAAUAGUAAUACAAAUAAACUGUACAAGAGCACUUUG